AUGUCAACAUCGAUAACACGACCAUUUCCUUCUAUUCCCUCGUUCCUCAUCUCGACCAUCCUCGCUUUCGUGCCGACUACAGUGAUGGGUGGAUCAAUUUCACCGUCAUCCAUUCCUCAAGUGGAUUAUGGGAAGAUGGGUACUGUAGGUUUAGGAGGUUCGUUCUCAGGUUUGGAUUGGUAUUCAUCGGAUUCACCUUUCGCAUCCUCUUCAUCGUCUUCUUCUUCCGCUCAACAAUUCUCUACGAAAGGAGAUACAUUGUUUUAUCGUACAGAAGAUGGCUCAUUUAGAGCAUUGGGAAGCACGAAUGAUGGUGGAACUAUCAAUUCUAUUUGUUGGUCCUCGACACCUGAUUCAACGAAUGGUACACUAUUUGUCGGAGGUACAUUCUCAUCCAUCUCCGGUACAUCCACAAAUAACGUCGCAUCAUUCUCUUUAUCGACGAAUACUUUCUCAAAACUUUCAGAUGGAUUAUCGGGUGAAAUAAAUACAUUGUAUUGUGAUGAUGAUAAUGAAGAAGUAUGGUUUGGCGGAUCUUUUAAUGCACCAAUAGGACAAGGUGGCAAUGUAGCUUUAUGGUCAACUAUUUCAUCUUCAUGGAUAUCACCUUCUUUCGGUGGUUUCAAUGGUGUAGUGGAAAGUAUAACACCUUCUUUCUCAAAUCAAUCAAACCUUUAUUUCGGUGGUGAUUUCACUACAACUUUCAUGUCUUCCUCAAUUACAAAUACAACUUCGAGGAAUAAUAAUAUAACAUCAACACCUAACGCUCCUGUGAAUACUACGACUGUCGGACAAUCAGGAUAUCUAACUCCUUUGACGAUAUCAGCUUCAGCAAGUGAAAAUGCUCAAUACCAAAUUCAAGCUGGACCAAGUUCAAGUUCAAGCUCAAGUUCAAAUUCAGGCUACUCAGAUGCAAAUGGUCUAUUAUGUCCAGGUACUUCAACUUGGUUAGCUCAAGAGGACACAAUAUCAAAUGUCAAUUUAGUUGGAAAUCAAUAUUUACCUGCAACAGGUGUAAGAAUGGUUAAUGGUCAUGAAGAUGGAAGAUCGACUACUUAUUUCUGCUUCACAUCACUUCCCGAUCACGCUGAACUCAAUAUGACAUAUACCAACCCCUCAACAGGUAAAAAUGAAACCUGUACUACGCAUUGCCCCCUUUCUACGGAUCCCACUAUCUCAGCCCAAGAUUUUGUCUUCACUCAAGGUACUCACAACCUGACUGGGUUCGAAAUUCAACUAAAGAACUGGACUGGCGAUGGUGCAGCAUUAGGUAGUGUUUCAUUGCUGACGGAUGGUGCGUACUCGUCCGCUACCGGUGCAGGAGCCUCAAGCACUUGCUCCUCAGGCAAGAACAGUACUGUACAAUCCGUUGGCGAUUGGUCUCCGAAAACCGCAGCUACUGAUUCAGCAACCGAAUCAUACCUGUCAUCCUCUAUAUCUACUCGUAACCCAACCAAUGCCCAAGUGACUUUUUACCCUCAUGUCGGUUCUGCAGGUCAAUAUGAAGUAUACGUCUUCAUCCCUGGAUGUCUGAAUAUCGGUGAUUGUGAUGGACGGACCUCAGUGGACAUCGAGGUGUUCCCUCUUCAAGGUGGAUUAGGAUGGACAAGCACGAUUUCUGAACAAGUCAACUACGAUACUAAGACUCUCGUUUACUCGGGUCCUGUCGAUGCAAGCAGUGAUGCUUUUACCCCUACAAUCAGCUUGGCACUUGCUGCCAACCCCGCACCCGUAGCUAAAGGAAACAACUACAUUGUCGUGGCAGAUCGAGUUCAGCUUGUCCUUACUGGUAUCACAGAUUCAUCAGGAUCAACCGUGUCUUCCAGCUCAUCAUCUUCGAAUGGCACAAGUACUGUAGGGACCCCUAUUACCAAUUCGACCACGAACUCGACAUACAACGUCGCAUACGGUGUAUACGAAUAUGUCCGAACCUCCAACAUGACUCUCAACGCCGCUACUUCCACUCUCACCAAUGACACCGAGACUGCUCUCACAAGAUUAGGCUUCUCCCUCGAUGCUGCCCUCAACGCUUCUGGCUCUGCCGCUUCCUCAUGGGUGGUCAAUACCAUUGUAGCAACGAACAACACUGUAUUUGUUGGCGGUGAUUUUUCCGCUUCCAAUAACUACACAAAUGUCAUCUCCAUUGAUACUUCCUCUGGUCAAGCUUCAGCUCUUGCUUCCCAAGGAUUGAGCGGGAUCGUCAACACUGCUGCCAUCGUAGCUGGAUAUGUGUUCUUCGGGGGCGACUUCACCUCAACAGCUUCAUCAGGUGGUGUCUCACUCAACUACGUUGCUGGAUACGACCCCAAUUCCAAAGCGUGGGCGGCACUCGGCGGAGGUGUAGAUGGAUAUGUGACCGAUCUCUUAGCGUCAACUGCUUCACCUAAUCAACUCAUCGUAAUGGGCAACUUCUCUCAUAUUGUAUCUACAAAUGGUACAUCCACUCAAACCGGCGGGUAUGCUAUUUACGACGCUUCGACAUCUGAAUGGCUAAAUACUGGAGUCGUCUUUGGAAAUGUCUCAGCUGGAGCUGUACCUUCUUCUUCUUCGGGUAUAAAAUCGGAAUCCUUCUUCGCUGGAAGAGUGUAUGGAUCAGCUGGAAACUCCGUAGGUGGAGUGGCCACUCUUUCGACCAACGACGACGGCACAGCUGUCAUCUCGUCUCUCAAUGGUGUGACUUUUGGUACAGCUGGAUCUUCUUCCCCUUCCGCUUCAUCAACCGCCAGAAGACGAAGGUCAUUCGCUACUCGAGCCUCUCACUCGUACACUCGGUCAUGGCUGGCUAGAUAUACCGACGUACUUGUUGAACGAGCGUCUACCGUCCUAUCCCAAAGAGCUACUCCUCCAACUAUCCCUUCUCAAGUAUCCGAAGCACCAGCAGUCCUUUCAGGAGCAUUCUGGACAAACUCUUCAGCGUCUGGUAAACCGACCAUCACCAUUUUAGGGGGAAAUUUCACGUCGUCGAACAAAAAUAUCGAAGGGGUAGCUUUUUACUCUGAAAAGAACGGAGGAUUGACCGGUCCAUCUCCACCCGUAGAAGGUGUAGUCAAAGCUUUGAACGUUAUCGGAAAUAACGUAUAUAUCGGUGGUGAGAAUGUCAAUGUACAGAAUGUCGGAAGUGGUGUGUUGGUUUACGAUUUAAAGACUGGCACCUGGGUCACAGGUGGAAUGCCUUCUCUCAAUCCUCCAUCCGGAUCAAGCGGUGUCGCUGUCAAUUCCAUCCGUACGAGAGGCAACACCAAUACCGUCGUUGUCGCUGGUAACUUCGCCACUGCCGGUUCACUGGGAUGUGUGGCUGUCUGUCUUUGGGAUUCUAAGAAUGCACAGUGGUCUACACCUGGAUCUGGACUGAGUAGUGGAGAAGUGAGGGCGAUUGACUUUGCCGGAGAAUCAUACGAUACUUUGAUCGCUGCCGGAUCAUUCUCACUUUCAUCUGGCGACGUGGCCUAUGUCGCUUCAUACAGCUUCACCAAUUCGUCAUGGACCCCACUUGGAACACUGCCCGGUCCGGCACUAGCCCUUGCAGUAGAUGACAAAAACUCAAGCAAUAUCUUCGUAUCCGGAUACUCAACCUCGGACGGCUCAUCAUACUUGCAAGCUUGGAACGGUGCUGCAUGGACUGCUCAGUCUGACUCACUUGCACCCGGAUCACUUGUUUCCCAGUUGGCAUUUGUACCUAUGAAGACUGAACAUACACCUCAAGGAUUCAUCGAAUCCGAUAGAAUGUUGAUGGUUUCUGGCGAUUUAUACCUUGAAAAUUCCGGAAACGUCACUUCUGCUUUAUAUGAUGGAUCGACUUGGUAUCCUUAUUUAGUCGGGACUUCAUCUUCAGGAGAAUUAGGUGCCGGAGGAUCACUAUUCUGGUCAGAAUCAAGUUUCUCAUUUAAAGUCCGACAUUAUCUAGCUAGAGGAUUAGUUGUUCUUGUCGCCAUCGCAAUUGCUACUGGACUGAUCUUGUUAUUGAUCCUAAUCGCUUUGUUAUUAGCCUUCUGCUUCAGAAGAAGAGAGAGAAAAGAUUCGACUUUAUAUGAGAAGAAUCGAGAUGAUGAUGAUUCAUCAAACGGAGAUAUAAACUCGACACACCAAAAUGUUUUCAAUAAUGUUCAAGCUGCGUUGGAAGCUUCUCUUGUAGGUGCAGGAUUGGCCGGUGCCACUAGCGCUGGUGUAGCGGCAGCUGGCAACAACAACAGCAAUGCGAAUAGAGCAGGAAUAAGGAAUUCUGAUCCAUCAAGUGUCAAUUCUGGUGCAUAUCCAAUUGGAUCAGAUGAAGAACUGGAUGACGAAGAUGAUCAAGGAAGAGAGACUACAAUGAGGUAUAAUUUCGACGGACCGGAAUUACAAGAAGGUGAAUUAUCAAUGAAAGCCGGACAAAGCAUCAUCAUUCUAGAUGACGAACAAUCGACUGAAUGGUGGUUCGCAAGAGAUCCGUUGACUGGUAAAGAAGGUGUAGUCCCUGCUACAUAUGUUUGGUAG